CGCGGGCCGGGCUGAGCCGAGCCGAGCCGAGCGACGCCGCGAUGGCGGGCUACAGCGUGGAGGAGCGCGCCGCGCCGCACAGCUUGGAGUACCGGCUUUUCUUCAAGGAUGCCGCUGGGCGCUACAUCUCCCCCUUCCAUGAUAUCCCCAUCUACGCCGAUGCCGGCAAGAACGUGUUCAACAUGGUUGUGGAAGUGCCUCGAUGGACAAAUGCUAAAAUGGAGAUUGCAACAAAGGAUCCCUUAAACCCAAUCAAGCAAGAUGUGAAGAAAGGGAAGCUGCGUUACGUAGCUAAUGUGUUUCCCCAUAAGGGUUACAUCUGGAAUUACGGUGCUAUCCCGCAGACUUGGGAAGACCCAGGUCACAAAGAUGAAAAUACUGGCUGCUGUGGAGAUAAUGAUCCAAUUGAUGUGUGCGAAAUUGGAAGCAAGGUCUGCUCGCGAGGGGAAGUCAUCCGGGUGAAGGUGCUGGGCACGCUGGCUCUGAUAGAUGAGGGAGAGACAGACUGGAAGAUAAUUGCUAUCAAUGUGGAAGACCCUGACGCAGACAACUAUAAUGAUAUCAAUGAUGUCAGAAGGAUGAAACCUGGAUACUUAGAAGCCACAGUGGACUGGUUCAGAAGAUACAAAGUACCUGAUGGAAAGCCAGAGAACCAGUUUGCUUUCAAUGGUGAAUUUAAAGACAAGGAUUUUGCUGUGAAGGUCAUCAAAAGCACUCAUGAGCACUGGAAAGCUUUAAUAGCAAAGAAAGCUGAUGGAGGGGAGAUCAACUGCACAAACCUCACUGUGUCUGACAGCCCCUUCUGCUGUAGUCAAGAGUGUGCAAAAGCUACUGUGGAUGCAGCACCGCCGUGUAAAGCUGCCAACCCGGUCCCGCCCGAAGUUGACAAGUGGUUCUACUACCAGAAGAACUAAAGCCUGAGGCUGGGGGGAGCCGAGCCCGCCAUGUUCUGCCCGUCCCCAAGUCGCUGCCUGUGGGAAUAGAGCAGCAACUAGCUUCAGUGUCAACAAAAGAAGACCUUGCUGAUUAGAGUUGUGUAUCUAGCAGUGAUGUGUCUGCUGCAUUCGGGCCUCGUGGAGGCCAGAAGCUGUAAUGUAUGCCCCCCGGGGCCCUGUGCUGUGCUGUGCCCCAUCCCAGAGCGGGACGUGUGGGAAUAAAAACUCCUCAUGCUGA